GCUUCACGUGUGAUUUGAGUGGUUUGCAUUAAAUUUGUCGACGUUAUUUAUUAUUCUCCAUUUAAUCACCCAAUCGGCUAAUAAGUGUCUGAAAAUGCCGACCGUCGGCGUCAAGCGUGAUCUUCUGUUUGAGGCCUUGGGCAGAACGUACACGGAUGAGGAAUUCAACGACUUGUGCUUUGAAUUCGGGCUGGAGCUCGACGAAGUUACUACUGAAAAGCAGAUGAUUUCUAAAGAGCAAGGAGAAGGAAAGUCGGAAGGAGCGUCUGAAGAAGUCAUUUACCGCAUUGACAUCCCAGCCAACAGAUAUGACCUUUUGUGUUUGGAGGGACUUGUUCUUGGGUUGAAAGUCUUCCACGGAAAGAUGGAAAUGCCCCGGUUCAAAACUACGAAGCCCAAAAAAUUGGAAAAGCUGAUAAUCAAACCAAACACGGCUCUAAUUAGACCACAUGCUGCUGCUGCAAUCUUGAGAGGAGUGUCCCUCAACAAGGCUUCCUACAACAGUUUCAUCGAUCUUCAGGACAAACUUCAUCAGAACAUUUGUAGAAAGCGAACCUUGGUUGCAAUUGGAACUCACGACUUGGACACCAUUCAAGGACCUUUUGUUUACGAUGCGCUGCCUCCAAAAGACAUCAAGUUUGUUCCUUUGAAUCAGGAGAAAGAGUACAAUGCUGAACAACUGAUGGAACUAUAUUCGACGCAUGCUCAACUUAAAAACUACCUGCCAAUCAUCAGAGACAGUCCCGUCUAUCCAGUAAUUUUUGACAAGAAUGGUGUGGUGUUGUCCAUGCCUCCAAUCAUUAAUGGCAACCACACUAAAAUUUCCCCCGACACCAAAAACAUCUUCAUUGAAGUCACAGCCACGGACUUAACCAAGGCCAAGGUUGUUUUGGACACCCUUGUUUGCAUGUUCAGCCAAUACUGUUCGAAGCCUUACGAGGUUGAACUCUGCGAGGUAGUUUACCCAGAUGGCAAAACCAUGAUUUCUCCUGAGCUAGCCUACAGAACUGAAACCAUCGAUGCUGACAAAGCCAACACAUACAUAGGAUUGAAGGAAUCGCCUGAGAGCAUCGCCAAACUUUUGAGUAAGAUGUGCUUGGGAACAAAGGCAAAGAGUGGCAAAAUAGAUGUGGAAAUUCCUCCCACAAGGCACGACAUUAUUCACGCGUGCGACAUUUUCGAAGAUGUUGGGAUCGCCUAUGGAUACAACAAUAUUCCAAAGACCCUGCCCACCGCCGCAACAAUUUCGCAGCAGUUUCCUUUGAACAAACUGUCUGACCAACUGAGGGGCGAAGUCGCUCAGGCUGGAUUCACCGAAGCCCUCACCUUCUCAUUGUGCUCCAUCGAUGACAUUUCAAGCAAACUGUCACUGAAUAUAGAAAAGCUGUCUGCGGUGCACAUUUCGAACCCAAAAACCCUUGAGUUCCAAGUGGCUCGCACCACUUUGUUGCCGGGUCUGCUGAAGACGAUCGCCGCAAACCGCAACAUGCCUCUGCCCAUUAAGGUGUUUGAGGUGUCUGACGUCAUCUUCAAGGACUUAUCCACUGAGGUUGGAGCGAGAAACGAACGACGCAUGUGCGCUGUCUACUAUGACAAAACCUCUGGCUUUGAGGUUGUGCAUGGCCUGCUGGACCGCGUAAUGCAGCUUCUCCAAGUGCCUUUCAAAACCGAUGGCACUGGCUACCACCUGGAGCACGCUGAAGAUCCUACUUUCUUCCCUAAAAGAUGUGCAAAUGUCAUUUUUGAUGGCAAGGUUAUUGGAAAAAUUGGCGUGUUGCACCCAGAAGUCAUCACAAAGUUUGAACUGACCAUGCCUUGUUCUGCUGUUGAAAUCAACAUUGAACCUUUCUUAUAAUGUUAUUCAUUUUACUGCAACACCAAUAAAAAUGUUUUUUUUCUGAAUA